AUCCCCGGCUUAGUUGUGGUUGUUUGUAAUCGUAUCAUCGCGUCAAGUUAUGACGUUUAGUUUUUCGUAAAUUGAGAUCUAUUUUAAACCUUUUUAUUAGUUAUCACGCCGUGAAAGAAGAAGAUAAUAGCGAAAAAUGUCUUCACCCGACGUAGCGAUGCUUGUUGACAUGGGAUUCAGCAUAGCAAAGGCGGAAAAAGCCCUCGCAAUCACUGGAAACAAGGGUGUUGAACCAGCAAUGGAAUGGUUGCUGGCUCACUGCGAUGAAGCCGAACCAAUUCCAGAACCAGUUACAAUGUCGGAGCCACCAAUAGCUGAAAGCGCACCAGAUGCAAUUGCAGCCACCCCUUCUCAAGAAAGUACAGCCAGUGCAAGUGGACAAAGUGCACAAACCGAGGUUGCAAAAUCCAUGAAAUGUGAUGUUUGCGGAAAGUUAUUCGCUUCCACCUUGGAGAUGGAAUUCCACGCUACGAAGUCGGGUCACGAUCAAUUCUCUGAAAGCACUGAAGAGAAAAAGCCGCUCAGUGAAGAAGAGAAAAAAGAACAGCUGAGGAAACUGGAGGAAAAGCUCAAGGAAAAGCGUCGGGAACGCGAAGAAAAAGAGAAGCAGGAAGCUUUUGAAAGAGAAAGGCUUAGAAUACGUUCUGGCAAGGAGAUGACUGAAGCUAAAAGAAAAUUGGAGGAAAUUGAGAUGCAGAGGAUACUGGAGCAGAGGAAGCGUGAAAAAGAAGAGGAGAGGAAGGCUCGUGAGAGGGUUAAAAUCCAAAUUGAAGCAGAUAAAGCUGCCAGAAGAGCUAAGGCUGCUGGGCUGAAUAAUCAAGCAAUUUCUCCUACAACUCCACCUGCGACUUCACCUAUCGUUUCGAGUCCCACUGCUAGUCCCAGUGCACCUGCAAGAAAAGACUACAACGAAACUAAACUCCAAAUACGACUUACGAAUGGGCAAACCUUGAUGCAAAGUUUCGGGUCGAAGGAACAACUUUCUGCAGUGAGACUUUUCAUCGACAUGAACCGAAAAGACGACAUCGGUCCUUUUAAUCUAAUGACGAAUUUUCCCAAAAAAGUCUUCACAGAGGAUGACUACGAGACGCCUCUCGAUGUUCUCGGUUUAGUUCCUUCUGCCGUAAUCAUUGUCCAGAAAAAAGCAGUAGAAUGAUCAGAGAUGCUGCCGCUGAUUGUGAGCUAAGAAAAUUAGUUUUUAAGCGACAUUAAUUAAGAAACUUUCGUUCCAUCGAUUAAUUUUUUUUUAACUAGACUAAAAAUCUGCCGCGACUUUAUAUGUAAAAAGGAGUUUUUUUAAAAAAGGAAUCCAAAGAAAAGUCAAGAGUUUCGUUUAUCGGUGAUUGUAAAAAAAUUUUAUUAUCUUUCUGCCUGUUUCUCAUAGAGAUAUUGAAUACUGAUUCACAAAUUGUAUCUAGCGCGAUGAAAAUACAUCUUCGGUAAUUUCUUCCUA